AAGAAUUUAUAUUAUGAAAAUUUUGUUAUAAUAAGAUAAACAAUGUGAGGAAGGAAGAUAACAGAUAUUUUUGAUGGGCAGAUGAAAAUAUCUCCCAUGCUAAUGUAGCCUGACGGUGACGUGGCCAUGGACUGGCCCCAUGACACGUGUAAAAGCGCAGACAACUGUAUUCCCUUUUUGUUCACCAUCACUGCCCCUUUCUCUCCUCUUAUUCAUUCAUUUCCUUCACCUUCCAAUUCCCAUUGCGAACAAAAAUAUCACACACAAACAUACAUAUAAGAUGAACAACAAUUUCAGAGUUACCAGAACGCCAGAAGAAACUCCAACCACUUCUUCCACCUUCCUCAACUCUCAUAACAACCCGAUUCAGGGCAUUAGAGAGAUAGAUUCCACAAUGGCUGCAGAGUGGACAGAUGAGAAACACAGCAUGUAUAUAAAGUCUAUAGAAGCAUCUUUUGUUAAUCAGUUAUAUGAUUCUAAGCAAAUGAGAGCUUCCUUUCCCUGCAAAGGAACUUCCUGUGACCCUGCUACCACUUCUGGCCAGUUCAAGGUACUUCGUGGCGGGUGUUGGCAAAAGAUCAAUUUUGAGAGACCGCAAACGAGUAGGAUUAACCAGUGUCAUGAUUUGACGGAAAAUCCAUGGAUUCAGCACUAUCGAUCUUCAAGCAAACAGAGAAACACAGUUGCUCCAUCCCUUCAAGAGAGUGUCAGUACCUCAAACAAAGUUGUUGAUUUAGGACAAAGGAAAGGAAUUCCCUCUGGGUCAGGACAUCUUCAUUUGUGUGAAUCUCGUGUCUGCCAUAAAGAUAUGCUUUCUAGUGACACAGAGAUGUCAGGCCAGAACUUUGUUGAUGAUGAAGUGAAAGGCAAAAAGCAGAAUAAAAAAAGCAAAGUGAAACGACAGAGAUCUUUAACUGAUGCAAAAGACAAUGAUCAGAUGGUACCUAACCGAAAAUCUUCUUCUGGUGGAGAUUUUAUCACCUUCGACCCUUCGCACAAUUGCACAAUCGAUUAGCUCUACAAACAGGACGUAUAACCCUUCUGCGUCAGAACUUACAUUUCCUCUGACUUGUAAGUAUCAUUGUUUAAUUAUUGGCUAUUCCUCUUUCGCAGUGUGUCACUAUUUAUUUAAUAUGCAUAAUUCUGAUCUCUUCUUAUAUUUAUAUAGUAAUUAGCUUUACUUCUAAAGUUUUCUUCCGGGUCAAGAUUCUUUAUUUAUGGUAUUUACAUGAUUAUAAAAAUGCCAAAGAAUUUGAAGGAUCUAAGCAUCUUAACAAACAAAAAAGCAUUGUAUUUUUAGGAUUUUAGGUAGGAGAGGAAAAAAAGAGAAUAAGCUAAUGGAUAAUCUGAAAUUGAAAUUGCUGUUGAUUCGAUGAUUAAGGGCAACUUAUAAAACACCAAUCCCUAUUUAUACCAUUAUUAAUUAGAUUGGGAUAUAUAUUUAAACAUAGUGAAACACAGAAGUCAUUCUAAAGGUGAUCAUAUAUGAUACUCUUCAAUAUUCUAAAAUGCAAUAAUGAUAUUAUUAUUAGGUACAUUUAACACCCUCUUCGAGAUGAAGCUCACUAAGCAUUUGGUUAGAAGUAAACACAUAAAAAGGGAAAGUAAUUCAUGUCUAUAGUAUACAUGGCUAGCAGGACCAUUUGAAUAAUAUGAUUAUUGCCUGAAAAGCAGGUUGGAGUAUUGCUAGAUCAGGGAGAAAGAAACUUCAAUGGAACAAUGGUUAGUGAAAAUUUACUGACAAACAGUAAUACACAACCAAUGGUUUGGGCUGGUGUGAAUCAUAACCGGUCUCUACUUGAUUAGAAACCAAUAGGCAGAGAAGUUGCCAUAAUAAAAAAAUUAGAGAGACCCUAAUUGUUAGAACUAAGAAUGUUUCUUACCAUCUUAUUAGUUACAUUCCAUCAAAGCUAAUAUGUGAAUAACCCUAUCAAUCUUCAAAUCGUUGGUCAGAAAGGAAAGGAGGAAAAUAGAUCAAACAAGUGAUUAACUGUUAGUAGAUUAUCCAGUGUUCAAGUUUUUUCAACUGUAUUGUUUCCUACAAUGAUUAAUAUAUGAUGAUCAGUAUCUGGAUUUGAGAAAAUAAACUAGUGAUCAAUUUGAAUUUGAGAUGGAACUUUUAGCAUUAAUGAGUGUUUAUGGGCCCUUUAUAUAGUUUGGUUGU